CCCCACCCCUUGGCCCCCACCCCCACUGAUCACGUGACCGCGAGUCCUCCACCUGAUCCCGAAGGCCGCCUCUCAGCAGCCAACAGCGCGAGGGGGAAUUUGUUUUUAUUUCUUUAUUCCUUAACAAAUACUUACAACAAAACGCUCCUCAACCAACCCACCCCAACCCCGAACGAAGAGAGUCAGGUAGCCAGGGGUGUUUCUCAACAACCCACGACAAACAAAAAGUCGCGAGGUUUCGGCUCUGGGCUGAUCGCGCCGGCAAGAGGCGGAACGGCCCGGGGCGCGAGACGGAGCGACCAAGCGGAGCAGAAUUCCCUUCGACUACGACUACAGCAGCAGCAGCACUACUACUAAGAUCACCAUGUCGGGCAAAGACCGUAUCGACGUCUUCCCUUCCCGCAUGGCUCAGACGAUCAUGAAGGCGCGUCUGAAGGGAGCUCAGACGGGGCGCAGCCUGCUGAAGAAGAAGGCCGACGCGCUGUCCAUGCGCUUCCGACAGAUCCUCAAGAAGAUCAUCGACACCAAGAUGCUGAUGGGUGACGUCAUGAGGGAGGCUGCCUUCUCUUUGGCUGAGGCCAAAUUCACUGCUGGUGACUUCAGCACGACCGUAAUCCAGAACGUGAACCGGGCGCAGGUGAAGGUGAAAGCCAAGAAGGAUAACGUGGCAGGUGUGACCCUGCCUGUGUUCGAGCACUACAGCGAGGGGGGAGACAGCUAUGAGCUCACUGGGCUGGCACGGGGUGGGGAGCAGCUGGCCAAGCUGAAGAAAAACUACGGCAAGGCCGUGGAGCUGCUCAUAGAGCUCGCCUCACUGCAGACUUCGUUUGUCACACUGGACGAGGCCAUCAAGAUCACGAACCGGAGAGUGAACGCGAUCGAGCACGUGAUCAUCCCUCGAAUUGAGCGCACGCUCGCCUACAUCAUCUCCGAGCUGGACGAGCGCGAGAGAGAGGAAUUCUACCGACUCAAGAAGAUCCAGGAGAAGAAGAAAAUCCUGAAGGCGAAGGAGGAGAUGCUGAGGGAGGCGCGUCGCACAGCUGGGGAGCAGGAAGUUGCCAGCAUGCUGGACGAGCAGAGGGACGAGGACCUCCUCUUCGACUGACGACAUCUGCACCCACCCCCCCCCGGCCCAUGCCCCGCUACAAGCCCGCUGAGCCAGCACGUACGCGAGCCUGCCACACCUCCACUUCAGCGAACGCACACACGCACACACGCUUACGCGCACAUCCAGUGCUGUCCAACACUUCCCAACUAAGCCUGAAAGGCUCAAUGUAUUUGUUCUGUCCGUCUGUAGCAGGGCCGAUGGGGGGUGAAAGGGUUAAUAACUCACGUAAAAAGAUGAUCCAAUAUAAAUUUUAAUGGAGCACAAAGGUGUUGCUUUUAAGAGACUCGGCCUAACAAUUGUGUUGCUGUUAGAGACUUGCCCUCUAGAAAGCGACAUAUCAUAGGUUGCCCGACUUGGCAUUUCAACCCAGCACUAAUGAGCCUUGUCGAGCAAGGCAAUGUCAUAGGUUGGCCCGUCUUAUGAACGGGAUAUUUCUUUCAUAAUGUAGAGCAGAUUUACAUGUGAGCAAGCUGAACAAGCCGGGCCUGUAAGCGUCGACUAAAAAUUAUGACCUGUUCACACAUGCACGCAUACACAAAGUUAUACACAAAUCACACUCUCGUCACAACGCAUUUUGGCCGAAUAUCUGUUCAGCAUGCAGUGUGUGCUGCACAAAAUACUGGGAAAUCGUUCAACUUAAAAAUAAUUAUAAGCCCUGAAUAUGCAUGUUCAGUGUGGAAUGGGCAAGGCAUACUGAUGGGGCGGGUGGCAUUUUAAAUAAUUGCUUUUAACAGCAAGUGUGGAUAUUGUGUUUGGUCAUUUCUUAGUCCUUGUUCCUCCAGAUCGGGGUUGGUGAGGGAGGGGAGGAGGGUGGAAAGUUAACUUUACCGAAGGAUAAAAAUGAAUCGAUACCUUCAGCGGGAUGUAUGUGAACAUACACCAAUGACGCGCGUGUCUAAACAAGUAUGAAGAGACUUUCGCAGUUGAUUCCAGUGACUUGAGCACUAAAAUUAUAUUGAUUAGUGCGGCUAAGAUACAGUAAUGAUGAUUGCCAGCCGUUUCAUCGUGGGAGACCUCGUGUGGUUAUGGAGCCGUUGGUUUUCAACCACUGCUCGAUAUGUGAGCAGUGGCAUCACUUGCUACAAAAAAAAACAGGUUUCGUCGGUUUGCUUUGUCGAGUUCUGUGCCAGUCUAGUCUCGCCUUGUGAUUGUACCGUGUUGAUAUUAGCAACAACAAUAUAUAAACAAUAAAUUAUGUUGCCUGACCCCCCC